AUGUCCCUGGAACUGCACAUCUGGGGUCCGGCAUUUGGCCUGCCGUCCAUUGACCCGGACUGCCUGGCUGCCGUUGCCUAUUUUUCUCUGGCAGUGCCGCGAGACGGCUGGACCCUGGUGGCCACGAGCCCAUCGGCCCUUCCACGCGUGCUGCCAGCCCUACGAGAUGGCCGUCUGCGCAAAUGGGUAGCGGCCGGCUUUGAGGAUAUCGUGGCCUACCUCCGGGAGGGAGACCAGGCGGCCGACGACCUGGACGCCGGCCUGACACGCAUCCAGGCGGCCGACUCGACGGCCUACUGUGCCUUUCUGCACGCCGAGGCGGCACCGCUGCUGGCGCUCUCGCUGUACGUCUCGUCGGCGAACUGGUCGGCCACGACGCGACCGGCCUACAGCCAGGUACUGCCCUUUCCGCUGACGUGGAUCGAGCCGUCGGCCGUGCGAGCCGAGCACAGUACUGGAGCUGCCCACCUCGGGCUCACGAGCUUGGACACGGACGAGGACGACGAGCAGACAUCGGCCUCGGCGCUCAACUUCUCCUCGUCUCUCUCGGCGGCCGCGCUGCAGGUCUUUCCCGACCGACUGCGAACGGCACGACGGAGGGAGGCAGGGGAAGGGGGGCCAGCACCGGGAUCAUCCAAAGCGCCCAUCAGCAGUGCCCUCACGCCCGAGGCCAGAGCCCAGAUCCGGCUCGACGAGACUGCCCGAGCCUGUCUCUCGGUCCUGGCCGAGCGCAAGGCCAACAAGCGGCUCUUUCUGCGGCCCGACUGCACGACAGACGAGACCGCUCGACUGCCGGCGUUGCUGCUGCACCCGUCGUCGCUCGACUGCCUCGCCUUUGGCUACCUCGCGCUCAUGACCGUGCCCGACGUGCCGCGGCCGUUUCUCCGCGACGCCCUGCGUCGCCACUAUCCCGGCUUGGCCGAUUUUGUGGCCGACAUGCGCCAGGCCGCCUUUGGCUGUGACGGCCAGAAGGGCCAGAAAGGCCGGAAGGAGUCCCUGCUCUCCCUCACACCCUCUCACCUCAAUCCCCUGUGGUUGCGCACCGUCCAUGGCAUCAUCCACGGCAUCCCCGGCUUCAGCGGCGAGUGGCUCGUCUGGCUGUAUCGAGUCAUCCGCCUGGACGACAGCGACGACGAGAAUGGGCGGAACCCCUGGCGCCAAGACGUUGCGGCCGCACGGCGUCGCCGCAUCGUCGCCCUCUGCUCGACCCUCACCGGCGCGGCCCUGGCUGUCGGCCUCCUGCUGGGCUACCGGAAUUUGCCGCCGUUUGGUGCGCCUGUCGUCGUCUACAGCCGGCUGCCCCAAACGUCACUUCUCGGCCUUGGGGCUGCAGGCGUCAUUUUGUCGUCGCUGUGA